CCCUGCACUUCCACCACCAGAUCUAUAUUUUUUUUCGCAGUGAGGGAUUCGUCGACACCAGACAACUCCGCGAAAAUGCCGAUCCCCGUGGACUCCGCCAAAUCUCUCUCCAAGAAGCGCAAGAGAAAGCACGGUGGAGGCGCCCGUCCUGCGACCGACAGCGAGGAAGCCUCCCCAGUCCAGAAUGAAGCCGUGACCGAAGUGGCCGAUGCUGUGGAGGAGGAAGUUAGCACGACCCCCAAGAAGAACAGCGACAAGAACAAGAAGAAGAAGGAGUCCUCCAAGAAGCGCAGAGUCGACAACUCCGACGAGGAUGAGAAUGACAGCGACGAGGAGAUCCGUCAGGAGGAGGUAGAGGAAGAGGGCGAGGGUGAAGAGAGCGCCGAUGAAGAAAAGACUGCCGGUGCCGACCUUCCUUCGAUCGAUACUGUCCGUCUGCCUACGACGGACUCGGAGCCUAAGAAGUUCUCGGAAUUGAACCUCUCGGAGAAGACGAUGAAGGCUAUUCAGGACAUGGGCUUCGAGACCAUGACUGAAAUUCAGCAACGGACCAUCGGCCCGCUGCUCGCUGGUCGUGAUGUUCUCGGUGCUGCGAAGACUGGUUCUGGAAAGACUCUCUCGUUUUUGAUUCCUGCUGUGGAGAUGUUGAGCGCUCUGCGGUUCAAGCCCCGUAACGGUACUGGUGUUCUUGUGGUUUCCCCCACCAGAGAACUGGCCCUGCAGAUCUUUGGUGUCGCUAGAGAAUUGAUGGCACACCAUUCCCAGACGUAUGGUAUCGUUAUCGGUGGUGCCAACCGAAGAGCUGAGGCCGAGAAACUCACCAAGGGUGUGAACUUGCUUAUCGCCACCCCCGGACGUUUGCUCGAUCACCUGCAGAACACCCCCGGAUUUGUCUUCAAGAACCUGAAGACGCUUGUUAUCGAUGAGGCGGACCGUAUCCUUGAAGUCGGUUUCGAGGAUGAAAUGCGCCAGAUUGUUAAGAUCCUGCCCUCCGAGGAAAGACAGACGAUGCUGUUCUCCGCUACGCAAACCACGAAGGUUGAGGACUUGGCUCGCAUUUCGCUGCGACCUGGCCCUCUCUACAUCAACGUUGACCACCGCAAAGAACAUAGUACGGUCGAGGGCCUGGAGCAAGGCUACGUCAUCUGUGAAGCGGACAAGCGCUUCUUGCUUCUGUUCUCCUUCCUCAAGCGCAACCUCAAGAAGAAGAUCAUUGUCUUCUUCUCCAGCUGUAACUGUGUCAAGUACCACGCUGAAUUGCUCAACUACAUUGAUCUUCCCGUUCUCGACCUCCACGGCAAGCAGAAGCAGCAGAAGCGCACCAACACCUUCUUCGAGUUCUGCAACGCCAAACAGGGAACCUUGAUCUGUACCGAUGUUGCUGCUAGAGGGUUGGAUAUUCCGGCCGUCGACUGGAUCAUCCAGUUCGAUCCCCCAGAUGACACCAGAGAUUACGUUCACCGUGUCGGUCGUACGGCUCGUGGUGUGAACGGUAAGGGACGCAGUCUGAUGUUCCUUCAGCCUUCCGAGGUUGGAUUCUUGAAGCACCUGAAGGAGGCUCGUGUUCCCGUUGUGGAAUUCGAUUUCCCCGCCAGCAAGAUCGUCAAUGUCCAGUCUCAGCUUGAGAAGCUGAUCGGACAGAACUACUACUUGAACAAGUCCGCCAAGGAAGGCUACCGUGCCUACCUCCAGGCCUAUGCAUCGCACUCGCUCCGCUCCGUCUUCGACGUGCACAAACUCGACCUGGUCAAGGUGGCCAAGGGCUUCGGCUUCUCGACGCCACCCCGCAUUGAUAUCACACUGGGCUCCAGCAUGAGCCGCGACAAGAAGCAGCAGCAGCAGGGACGGCGCAACUACGGCAGCCAGCCCAAUAACAAGGGGCUGAAGUUCAAGCGGAAGCACGACGAUGAAUGAGUCAGCGCGGAGCAAAAGUGAUUGAUUGUAACAUUGUGCGGUUUUUGAGUAUUGGCAUAUAGUCUCGGAGUUCGAUACUGUGGAUAUUUGGCUUGUCUACUACAUAUGGUUGAUUCACAAUUGUUAAUUGUUUCUCUUUUCAUCCGAGCAUCCAAGCAGAGCAGGAGGUGGGAUUCAGAUGCUUCGAAGUCGUCGCUAUGAGGGGAUAGUAAAUACUUUCUGAUGCAUAUGCUGAAAUGCAAUUCAGUAAUGGCCGAGUAACAUCGCAUCAAAGUCGCUG